AUGGUGCUUCUCCCCUCUACAGUGGCGUUUCCACUGCGCCAGCUUGUGAAGCUUGGCCUCAUCCUCGUGCAGGCCACCUUCCUUCUCUACUUCGCAUAUGCUGCCUAUGAUAUCCGUCUACACGCCAUCCGGACGUUUGGGCACAUCAUCCACGAAUUUGAUCCGUGGUUUAACUACCGGGCUGCUGAGUACCUGGCACAGCACGGGCUGUCCAAGUUCUUCAAGUGGUACGACUACAUGUCAUGGUAUCCAAUCGGACGCCCCAUAGGCACGACGAUUUAUCCUGGAAUGCAGAUGUGGGCUGUUGGCAUUUGGGAGGUGCUGAAACACGUCCCCGAGAGGAAGGUCCCUUUGCCUUUCAUCCCGCCCCUGCGGCCGGUGGCAUCUUGGGCACGGAGGAAUGGCUGGCCAUUUAUCCCUUCGCCGCUGAAGUCCACGAUGGCAGUUGGGCCAAUGUCAGUUAAUGACAUUUGCUGCAUGAUCCCACCAUGGUUCGGCUCUGUGGCGUCGAUCUUCACUGGCCUGCUGACCUACGAGAUCUCACGCAGUGUGAAUGCCGGCCUUAUGGCUACUGGAAUCAUGGCUGUCAUUCCAGCCCAUAUCAUGCGUUCAGUUGGAGGCAAGUUCGACAAUGAGGCUGUCGCCAUGACCGCCAUUUGCAUGACGUUCUGGUUGUGGCUGUUGUCUAUCCGCAGUCCUAGAUGGUGGCCAGUUGGAAUCUUCACUGGGCUGUCAUACAUCAACAUGGUGGCGGCAUGGGGGGGCUACAUCUUCGUGCUCAACAUGAUCGGGGUCCACGCUGUAAUGCUGGUGCUGCUGGGCCGCUUCACCAGUGGUGCCCACAAGGCGUAUUCGCUUUUCUACAUCAUCGGCACGGCUGGUGCCGUUCAAAUCCCAGUGGUAGGAUGGCAGCCCUUGCGGUCGCUUGAGCAGAUGGGUCCACUGCUGGUCUUUGUCGGCUACCAGGUAUUGGCAUUUUGCGAUUACCAGCGUCAUCGAAAAAAAAUGGACACCUGGGCCUUCGUCAAAUACCGCAUCCUGAUGUGUGUUCUGACCGGCCUGGCUCUCGUUGCCGUAGCAGUGAUGCUCUACCCCACCGGUUACUUCGGCCCACUCUCUUCCAGAAUUAGAGGUCUUUUCGUGAAGCACACCAAGACCGGCAACCCGCUUGUGGACUCUGUGGCCGAGCACCAGCCUGCGAACCCCAAGAUCUAUGCUUCGCACCUGGGACUUCCGUUGAAUUACGUCCUUUUCGGUGGACUUGUUUCCGCCCUCAACCGAAACAACGGCUUUUACUUCCUUUGCCUCUAUGGCUUCAUUGCGUCCCACUUCUCUGGGAAGAUGUCGCGACUAGUGCUGAUUUGUGGCCCGAUCGUGUCUGUGGCCUGUGGAAUAUGGUGCGGCUUCCUUCUGGACAUGAUCGUAGAACCGUUUUUGCUGCUGCUGGGCAAGAAGGGUUACGGACCCCCUGCUUCUGCAGUGGACGACACACCGAAGUCCGGCAAAGGAAAGGCAGAGAAAGACAAGGGAGACAAGUCAGGAAAGGACAAAGAUGCAAAGAAGAAGAGGAGCCUCAAAGAGCAAGUCCCUGAGCUGGAAGAGCAUGAAGAGGAGCUGCGCCCUGGUGGCGCAAUGCAGCUGAAGCGCAUGUUCAAAGGCUACUGCUGGAAGAUGCUUCCCGAAAAUUCUGUGGAGGAUGUCCGAGCUGCCCGCUAUGCGUUUGACAGCAAACCACUCCUUCUCUUGGUCCGAGCUGCGGCAUCCAUCGUGUUUGUUGGGUAUAUGCUGACCAUGAGCGAGCUCCGAUCAGAAAUUCCAGACUUUGUGGAUCGAUGCAAAGCCAUUGGAGAACAGGUCGCGAGCCCCACGGUCAUGUAUGCCGUCAGGCAGAAGGAUGGCACCAAUUACAUCGUGGAUGAUUAUUACAAGGGCUACAAGUGGCUCGAGAAAAACACCGCGGAAGAUGCCCGAGUCAUGGCCUGGUGGGACUACGGCUACCAGAUCACUGGCAUUGGCAACAGGACUUCCAUUGCCGACGGGAACACUUGGAACCAUGAGCACAUAGCGACGCUCGGGCGAACACUCACGAGUGAGGUGAAGCGGGCGCACAAUGCAAUUCGGCACUUGGCCGACUAUGUUCUUGUUUGGGGCGGCGGGCAGCGAGAUGAUCUGGGCAAAUCGCCUCACCUCGCAAGGAUCGGCAACUCUGUUUUCCCAGACCAUUGCGGUGAUGACGAUCCGAAGUGCACAAAAUUCGGCUUCUAUGCCGACCGGUCACCGACGCCCAUGAUGGAGAAGUCGCUGUUGUACAAGCUGGUGGAGCACAACAACAAAAAGGGUGUGCGAGUCAACGAGCGCUACUUCAAGCACGUGCACACCACCAAGCACGGCCUCAUGCGAAUCUACGAGGUGCAGAACGUCUCCCAGGAAAGCAAGGACUGGAUAGCAGAUCCGAAAAAUCGCGUUUGUGACGCCCCUGGGAGCUGGUACUGCGUCGGCCAGUACCCCCCUGCCUUGAGCAAGCUGAUAUCGAAAAGGCGAAACUUCGCGCAGAUUGAGGACUUCAACCGAAAGGGCGAGAAAAGCGCCUACACUCGUCUCAUUGAGAAAGAGAAGGGCGAGCUGUGA